CUUUAAUUCUCUCCCUAUUUAAUAAUAAUAAUAACAAAAUGAAGAUUGCUGUUUUCAGUGCCAAGCCAUACGAUGAAGAAUACAUGACCAAGACUAAUGAAGUUUUGGGUCAAGGAAAGCACGAAAUUAAAUAUAUCAAGUCUCCUCUUGAUGAAGCUCACGUUCCAUUGGCUCAAGGCUGUGAUGCUGUCUGUGUCUUUGUUAAUGAUCCUGUUACUGAAGUUGUUGUUGAUGCUCUUGCAUCAUAUGGAAUCAAGUUGAUUUUGUGUAGAUGUGCUGGAUACAAUAAUGUUAAUCUUGCUGCUUGUAAGAAACACGGAAUUACAGUUGCUCGUGUUCCAAAAUAUUCACCAUAUGCCACUGCUGAACAUUCUGUUGCCUUGAUGAUGACUCUCAAUAGAAAGACUCAUCGUGCUUAUAAUCGUGUUAGAGAAGGUGAUUUCAGUAUUAAUGGAUUGAUGGGAUUCGAUAUGAAUGGUAAGAAAGUUGGUGUUAUCGGAACUGGUAAAAUUGGAUAUUUGGUCUGUAAGAUCUUAAAGUGUGGAUUUGGUUGUGAUGUUGUUGCCUAUGAUGUUUACCAAUCUGCUGAAGUUAAAAGCAUCGGAGUUGAAUAUGUUGAUUUGGAUACACUUUUCAGAACAUGUGACAUUAUUUCUCUCCACUGUCCACUUUUCAAUAAUACCAAGUAUAUUAUCAAUGAUGAAGCUUUGGAAAAGAUGAAGAAGGGUGUUAUGAUUAUCAAUGCUUCUAGAGGUGCUUUGGUUGAUACUAAGGCAGUUAUUAAGCAUUUGAAGAAUGGUAAAGUUGGAUCUUUGGGUGUUGAUGUUUAUGAAAACGAAGCCAAUACUUUCUAUGAAAAUCACUCAUCUGAUCUCUACUUGAGCGACGAAUUAUUGCUCCGUCUCAUGUCUUUCAAGAAUGUCCUUGUUACAUCUCACCAAGCUUUCUUCACACAAGAAGCCAUGCAAAAUAUUGCUGACUCUGUUUUCCACAGUGCCACCCAAUACCAAACUGAAGGUAAGGUCACUGGUGAAGAAUUUGUCCCAUGCGAAUAAGUGCUACACACUCUAAGAAAACUGUAAAUAAAAACAAAUAAUUAUUU